UCUCGCUUCCACGCCAACGUACACCGCCGCGCGCAGCCCUUUGCUAGGUAGCAGUGAGCUGCUCCCUGAUCGAUCGAUCGAUCGAUCGAUGGGUGGUCACGGCGACCACCACCACCAGGAGGUCGGCGUGCUCGUCGACGAUGACGACGAGGAGCUCGAGCAGCAUCAGGCGAGGGUUUGCGGUGGCGCGACGAGCGGAGUGGUGGAGCAAGGAGCAGGGGAUGCCGGCGGUGGUCAGGAAGCCGCUGCGGGCAUGGUGUUCGAGGCGAGCAGUAGCGUGGGGAGCGUGAGCGCGACCAUGGCGCAGCCCCAGAUCCUCGGCUGGCCGACGCCGCCGCCCGCGCCGCCACAGCAGCAGCUCCACCACCACCACCACAACGUCGGCGGCGGCCAGGCCCCGUUCUUCCCGCUGCUGCCGCCGCUGCCCCCGCAGCCGUCCCCGCCGCCCCCGUUCCUCGCCGACUUCUACACGCGGCGCGCGCUCCAGUUCGCGUACGAUCACCACCACUCGGGCGGCGCGUCCACGUCGUCCGACCCGCUCGGCCUCGGCGGGCUCUACAUGGGCCACCACGGCGGCGCCGGGAUGAUGAUGCCGCCGCCCUUCGCGUCGUCCCCGUUCGGUGACUUCGGCCGGAUGACCGCGCAGGAGAUCAUGGACGCCAAGGCGCUGGCCGCGUCCAAGAGCCACAGCGAGGCCGAACGCCGCCGCCGCGAGCGCAUCAACGCGCACCUCGCGCGCCUCCGCAGCCUCCUGCCCAACACAACCAAGACGGACAAGGCGUCGUUGCUGGCGGAGGUGAUCCAGCACGUCAAGGAGCUGAAGCGGCAGACGUCGGAGAUCACGGAGGAGGCGUGCCCGCUCCCCACCGAGUCCGACGAGCUCACUGUCGACGCAUCCAGCGACGAGGACGGCCGCCUCGUAGUGCGCGCCUCGCUUUGCUGCGACGACCGCGCCGACCUCCUGCCGGACCUCAUCCGCGCGCUCAAGGCGCUCCGCCUGCGGGCGCUCAAGGCCGAGAUCACCACCCUCGGCGGCCGCGUCAAGAACGUGCUCGUCAUCACCGGGGACGGCACCGCCGCCGGGUGCGAGGGGACGGUGGACGACGACCAGCAGGAGGAGGCAGCAGCGCCCAUGUCGCCGCAGCACACGGUCGCGUCCAUCCAGGAGGCCCUGCGCGCCGUCAUGGAGCGCACGGCGUCGGCGGCCGCCGAGGAGCCGGGAGCGGCGCCGUCAGGCGCAGGCGCCGCUGGGCUCAAGCGGCAGCGCACGACGAGCCUCUCGGCGAUCCUAGAGAACAGGUCCAUCUAAAAGCUAACUACAUCGUCCGCCACUUGAUCGAUGAGAUGUGCAGAACGAAACGAAACGACAGUAGAAACAAACACCACAAUCUCUCAUAGUUGAUCAUUAUACCAUGCAGCUAGCUAGCUACUUAUGCAUGUUUGCCAAGUACGACUAUUUUUUUAGUUUCUUUUCAUUAUUUAUAGUCUUCUUUCUCUGUGUGUAUUGAUCUCAAUCGGUAGUGUGUUUCAGCUGCAUGGCAUAUCCUCAGCAAUCAAUACAAGGAUUUUUUCUUCUU